AAAAUCACCUCACUAUCAUCAAUUAACCCAUAUCACACUUUGAGAAAGAACAACGAAAAGAGUAAAAAAAAAAACCAAACCAACAAUGAGAAGCUCAUCAGCCACCUUCGUUUUUCUUCUCCUAUUGGUUUGCCUCCUUUCCGCAGGGAAUGAAGUCACGGCACAACACCACGCGGAUCUCUGCAAAUUCAGAGAACUUGGAAGCGACCCCGGGUAUGUGGUUAUGAGGCACAGGAGAUGCAACGACAGAUGCCAGAAGAUAUAUGGAUAUUUCGUUCUCGGAUGGGUGGAGGAUGGAGCAAGUAUGUGCUCGUGUUUCAAGCGUUGUCACCUGCAUUAAGUGAAGAGAUGCAUGCCCGGUGUUCUCUCUCGAUUACUAGUCGUUUUUUGGGAGCAACGUAGGUCUAGUAAUAAUGAUAAAUAGA